GCACAGAGAGAGAGAGAGCGAGAGCACAGAGAGAGAGAGGGAGAGCACACAGAGAGAGAAGGGGAGCGCUCAGCAGAGCACGAAAACGAACGCAAGAGUAGAAAGGAGCUCCGAUAGUGAGACGGGCCGGGAGAGAAAGCAGCAGAGAGAGAUAACACAGCCGGCGACAGAGAGACAGUUCAGUAGUGCUGCCAUCAGGAAUUACAACACUGCCAUGCAACCUUAGUGCGGGUGGAUGAUUUGGGGCUGUCGUUGGAUGCCAGACCGUGCCGUGCUGUCCGAGUCCUGGGCAUCACUGCAAUGAGGAGUCUUAGCGGUGGCUGCAGCAGAGUGAUCCAGUAGGCAGCAGGGUAAGAUAAGUUCGAGGUCAAGAUGGCGGGACAGGGGCUGCUGCCCUCCACCAACCGUUACCUCCUCCUGCUCCUGGGGGUUCUGUCUGUGGCCCACGCCUCCAUCUUCCUCAAGGCCUCCUUCCAGAGAGACCGCCGUAACAUCAGGCCCAACAUCAUCCUCAUUCUCACUGAUGACCAGGACAUGGAGCUCGGCUCCAUGCAGGUCAUGAAUAAGACACGUUGUAUCAUGGAGCAGGGUGGGACUCACUUCUCCAACGCCUUUGUGACCACGCCCAUGUGCUGUCCUUCACGCUCCUCCAUGUUGACGGGGAAGUACGCUCACAACCACAACACCUACACCAACAAUGAGAACUGUUCCUCCCCCUCCUGGCAGGCCCAGCACGAGACUAGGACCUUCGGAGUGUACCUCAACAACACCGGCUACAGGACAGGCUUCUUUGGGAAGUACCUGAAUGAGUACAACGGUUCCUAUAUUCCUCCUGGGUGGAGAGAGUGGGUGGGGCUGGUCAAGAACUCCCGCUUCUACAACUACACCCUGUGCAGGAAUGGAGUCCGCGAGAAACAUGGCUGCGAGUACCCUAAGGACUACUUUACUGACCUCAUCACAGAGGAUGGCAUCAACUACUUCCGCUCGUCUAAGAGGAUGUACCCUCACCGGCCAGUGAUGAUGGUGAUGAGCCAUGCAGCCCCCCAUGGGCCAGAGGACUCAGCACCUCAGUACAGCACUGCCUUUCCCAACGCAUCCCAGCACAUCACUCCCAGCUACAACUAUGCCCCGAACCCGGACAAGCACUGGAUCAUGAGUUACACUGGUUCCAUGAAGCCCAUCCACAUGGAGUUCACCAACAUGCUACAGAGGAAGAGGCUGCAGACCCUGCUCUCUGUGGACGACAGCGUGGAGAAGGUGUAUAACAUGCUGGCUGAGACUGGAGAACUGGACAACACAUAUAUUAUCUACACAGCUGACCACGGCUACCACAUUGGUCAGUUUGGCCUGGUCAAGGGCAAGUCCAUGCCCUACGAGUUUGACAUUCGAGUACCCUUCUACAUCCGAGGGCCCAACGUGGAGGCAGGAGCCAGCAACCCUCACGUGGUGCUGAACAUUGACUUGGCGCCCACCAUCCUGGACAUCGCUGGCAUGGACGUCCCUCCGGACAUGGACGGCAAGUCCAUCCUCAAACUGCUGGACAUAGAGAGACCAGUCAACAGGUUCCAGGUGAAUAAGAAGGGGAAGGUGUGGAGAGACUCGUUCCUGGUGGAAAGAGGGAAGUUGCUCCACAUGCGUGAUGCGUCUUCAGGGAAGGACGUGGCCCAGGAGGAGAACUUCCUGCCUAAAUACCAGCGGGUCAAGGACCUGUGUCAGAGAACAGAAUACCAGACACCCUGCCAACAGCUGGGACAGAAGUGGCAGUGUGUUGAAGAUGCUACGGGGAAACUGAGGCUGUAUAAGUGUAAGGCCAUGACCAGCAUGUCUGCAGAGCGGAAGGAGGGCCCUGCCAACAUCAGGUCCCAAUUUUACCCCCAGCGCGAAGCAAAGCACAUCACAGAGCGCAACACAGAGCCCAACACAGAGCCCGAAGGCUGCAAUUGUGACCAGUUCCCUAGCUUCAGACUCAGUGCCUUCAAGAAGAAAAAGUUCCUUUCCAAGAAGAAGAUGAAGGCCGUCAAGAGCUAUGCCCGUAACCGUUCUGCCCGCGCCGUGGAGAUGGAGAUAGGAGGGGAACUGUAUGCUGUAGACUUGGGGGAUGGCUAUCAGCCUGUACUGGCCCCCAGGAACCUCAGCGAGGCUGGGGCCCCGGGGCCACGCGACGACACUGAGGACGACUUCAGUGGCAUGGGAUUCACCAUCAGUCCCAGGACUAGCAGCAACAGUCUGGCUAUAGUACCUUCUGACAUCAAAGUCACACACAGGUCAGGGAGUGUGUUGAGGUUCUAUGUGGAUGGAUGCUCAAUCCUGGCUGAUGACACAGUGAAGUGUGACACAGGGAUCUAUAAGUCUGUGCAGGCCUGGAAGGACCACAAACUCCACAUCGACCAUGAGAUUGAGACCCUGCAGACCAAGAUCAAGAAUCUGAGAGAAGUCAGGGGUCAUCUGAAGAAGGCCCGCCCAGAGGAGUGUGACUGUCUCCGCUACAUCUACCAGUCUAAGUACAAGAGUAAGCUUAGGCACAAAGGAAGCAGCAUUCACCCAUUCAGGAAGGGUCAGGAUAAGGAUAACAAGGCGUGGCUGCUGAAGGACCAGAAGAGGAGGAAGAAGAUGAGGAAGCUGCUGAAACGUCUGAGGAACAACGACACCUGUAGCAUGCCUGGUCUAACCUGCUUCACCCACGACAACCAGCACUGGCAGACCGCCCCCUUCUGGACAAUGGGUCCAUUCUGUGCCUGCACCAGUGCCAACAACAACACCUACUGGUGCGUGAGGACCAUCAACGAAACUCACAACUUCCUGUUCUGUGAGUUUGCGACUGGCUUCCUGGAGUACUUUGACCUCAACACAGAUCCCUACCAGCUGAUGAAUGCUGUGAACACGCUGGACCGAACCGUCCUAAAUCAGCUCCACGUUCAACUCAUGGAGCUCCGCAGCUGCAAGGGCCACAAGCAGUGCAACCCCCGUACCCGCAACCUGGAGCUGGGAGGUAAAGAGCGAAGCAUCUUUGAUGAAUACAGAGGGCGCCAUCCACCCCCACCGCCCAGCACAUCUGCCUUAGUCAUCUAAUCAUCUCUACCUGUAGAGGGCGCCAUCCAACCCCACCGCCCAGCACAUCUGCCUUAGUCAUCUAAUCAUCUCUACCUGUAGAGGGCGCCAUCCACCCCCACCGCCCAGAACAUCUGCCUUAGUCAUCUAAUCAUCUCUACCUGUAGAGGGCGCCAUCCACCGCCACCGCCCAGCACAUCUGCCUUAGUCAUCUAAUCAUCUCUACAUGUAGAGGGCGCCAUCCACCCCCACCGCCCAGCGCAUCUGCCUUAGUCAUCUAAUCAUCUCUACCUGUAGAGGGCGCCAUCCACCCCCACCGCCCAGCGCAUCUGCCUUGGUUGACUCUCACAAGACUGCAGUGCCUCACAAUGUCUCUCACUCUUUCUGAUACGCUGCUGUCCAUGUGUCUUAUCUGUUUCUCCAUGUAGCUGCCUCAUAAACUAGUGUGAAUGUCAGAGAAUGAACCCAUUCAAGCAUUCAUAUAGAAUAGAAUACUACUCUGUCCUGGGACCAGUUUACUGGGAGCAGUGUUCACGUGGUGGUGGUGAUGAGAGUACAGACACAACGGGAGACAGAGGUUUGCUGUGGAUGACACUGUUUUGUCUGUGUGAUCUUGUCUCAUCAGAGGACAGAUUUGGGAAGGCUGGGAGGGAUAGGGUCCAGGAGGCGACAGUGGCCCCGUCAGAAGCACCCAGUGCAGAAGGAACGGGAAUGGACUGGUCAGAACUUGAACCCUUGUACAGACUUGACAAGCAGGCG